AGCCUCAACUGACUCACUUCUCUGGAGGUGCUUGAACAUUUGAGAUGUUCUGCUGUUUCCAGACUUCUGACGAUGGCUCAGGCCACCAAAGGGCCAAGAGAUGUGGCCUUGGCCACCUUUGGAGACGUUGGGUGCGCCCUAUUACCCAGCACCUAUGGUCAUUUUCCCACAGGGAAACUAAGAAUAAAAGGACGCGGCAUAAGUCCCCCAGGUUCAAUCCUACCAGCCCAGACUACCUGGAAAAAUUCUUAUCUUAUAUUCCAACUGCAAUUAAGAAGCAGGACUUCAUUGACAUUUAUAUAUUUUUGGCUAUCUACCCAAAGAUUGCCACCACCUGGGAGGUGCUGGACCUGAUGAUGGAAAUGUAUGGAUCUUUCCGGUCUGACUGUGUGGAGGAUGAGGACACAAAGAAUGCCAUAUUCAGCUUUCUGUCCAUGUGGCUCCAAAAACACCCCCAGGACUUCUGUGAUUAUCCUGAUGUGAACACAGUAAAGAGGCUGCUGGACUACAUAAGGCUCCAUGUGCCUUCCUCAGAUGUCACCAUCCAAACUGAGGAGCUCCUAUCAGUGCUGGAGGAGCAGGAAUCCAAAAAGGAUGAGGAGGCCUCUGAUUGUGGGCUCUGCAUGGAAACGACUCCAGAAGCCCCAGUGCUGGAUGUCUCAGGGAUGGGAGAGACUCUGCCUCUGAGAGCAGCUUCCAUGGCAGGGCCACAGGGAGAUCUGAAACUGGCUUCAGUGGCAGGGCCACAGGGAGAUCUGAAACCCCAAGAGGACAUUGAGAUCAAGGACCUGGAAGAUGAGGAAGAAGGUGUUCCAGAAGCUGAACCAGUGCAGUUUCUGCCUUCAGACCAGACUCUUCCCACAUCAGCUGAUGCACAAAAACCUCUAGAUGUGGCUGCCUAUGUUCCAACCAGCGAGCAGAUUGUUGUACUUGGUGUUGUGCAGUUAGGUGACCCAGAGCCCUUUUUCCCCCUGCCUGAAGUUGACAUAUAGUUGGAUAGUAGAGUUACCUACUUAGUUCCAUCUCAAACCAGCUCCGUAGAGAAAAACAUCUCCUUUAAUUUCGUUGAAUUCUUUUUAUUAAUGUUUAGAUUGUUAAUAUCGUUUUUAAUUUUGUUCAGUUCUUUUCAUUUGUCAUGAAUUCUACUUAUUUUUUUCAUUGUUGCAUUGCUAUUUAUGCUUUAAUAUUAA